AUGAGUGAAGACUUUGGUUGUGGUGGUGAAGACUUUGGUUGUAGUAGUGAAGACUUUGGUUGUAGUAGUGAAGACUUUGGUUGUAGUAGUGAAGAGUUUGGUUGUAGUAGUGAAGACUUUUGUUGUAGUAGUGAAAAGUUGGGUUGUGGUAGUGAAGACUUUUGUUGUGGUGGUGAAGACUUGGGUUGUGGUAGUGAAGAGUUUUGUUGUGGUGGUGAAGACUUUUGUUGUAGUGGUGAAGAGUUGGGUUGUGGUAGUGAAGACUUUUGUUGUGGUAGUGAAGACUUGGGUUGUGGUGGUGAAGACUUUUGUUGUAGUAGUGAAGACUUGGAUUGUAUUAGUGAAGACUUUUGUUGUGGUGGUGAAGACUUUUGUUGUGGUAGUGAAGACUUGGGUAGUGGUAAUGAAGACUUUGGUUGUGGUAGUGAAGACUUUGGUUGUGGUGGUGAAGACUUGGGUUGUAGUAGUGAAGACUUGGGUUGUAUUAGUGAAGACUUUUGUUGUGGUGGUGAAGACUUUUGUUGUAGUAGUGAAGACUUGGGUAGUGGUAAUGAAGACUUUGGUUGUGGUAGUGAAGACUUUUGUUGUAGUAGUGAAGACUUGGGUUGUGGUAGUGAAGACUUUUGUUGUAGUAGUGAAGACUUUGGUUGUGGUGGUGAAGACUUUGGUUGUGGUAGUGAAGACUUUGGUUGUAGUAGUGAAGACUUUGGUUGUGGUGGUGAAGACUUUGGUUGUGGUAGUGAAGACUUUGGUUGUGGUAGUGAAGACUUGGGUUGUGGUAGUGAAGACUUGGGUUGUGGUAGUGAAGACUUUGGUUGUAGUAGUGAAGAGUUGGAUUGUGGUAAUAAUUAUGGGUUGUGUUAG